UUCAUUCUCUCCUGUUGCGUGCAUGGAAAAAUAUCAAGGACCUCUUCCGGGAAUGCCAGCACCGCAGGAGGUCUACAACACGGGAGUCUUCCAGCCUGUGACCCCGGUGGUGAUGGUGCAGCCGAUGCCGACUGAAGUUCCUGGACAGAUGUUGUGUCCUUAUUGCCAGAACACAGUAAUCACUAAAACUGAGCACAAAAUUGGUUUGCUCACCUGGCUGAUCUGUGGCAUCUUAACAAUAUUCUUGUGCUGGUUUUGCUGCUGUAUCCCCUUCUGCGUGAAUAACUGCAAGGAUGUGGAGCAUUCCUGCCCCCUCUGUAACAACGUCCUGCACAUUCAUAAACGCAUAUAAAACAGCACUGCAGUGUCAACACAGCUGAAGUGGCAACAAAAGGUGCAGGAGUCAACCGUGACUAAAUAAACAUCUGGACAGGAGCCAUACCCUGUUAUACAAACACAACGGACAUCAAGAUUGAGAAAAGAUGUGAUUUAAUCUUUUCUCUUAUCUUUUGAAUUACAAUGUGCAACUGUGUUGUAAAUAAUGUAAAAAUGUAAUAUAAUCUACCUCUGUGUUAAAUAUAGGCAAGAAUUUAGGAGGGUAAAUAAUGGCCUUACUGGUGUAAAAUGCAGGUUGUAGGUGUGUUAUUCUGUAGUGUACAUAUGUGUAGAAGAUCACAUAAGAGCUGUGAUUUCUUCUUUUCUCCUAUCGAUUUAUUUAAAAUAUGUAAUAGGUGAAAAAUUGAUCACAAUCUUAUACUUUCUUGACCUGAGUGAUGCUGUCUUACAAUAAACCUGAGUAUUAAAU